CAUUGCAAAAUCCUGCUCUGCGUUCCACGACUCUCCGGCUCUUGAUCACACUCCGAUUAGAUAUCUUUCCUUUAUUGCUAUGUAAUCGUCUUUCUGGUUUCUGAUCUUCUCAACUCAACCUGAGAUGUGACACAUAGGCCAUGGCUCCCCUCGCCUUCCUCAAUUCUUGGGCUUUAUAUAAGCGCAUCGCAGAACCAACGCCAGAACCUUCGACACGAACAUCACCGCCAACACGAAACAGCCUGUCCACAGAAGGGGGGUUCUUGGAAGCCUGGGCGCAGGGUUAUAAUGUGGGAAGCCUUGUUAUUUUGAUACUGAUUGUCUUCUGCAAUUAUCGAUCUGGUAUCUGGCUGCACAAACUCAUAUUACUUGAGCUCGUUCUCGCACUCUGGCACGGAACCUUCAUAUUUGUGGAAGACCCUUACUAUGGCUGGUAUCUCUCAGCGACAGCAACCCUGCUGUUCAUCUCGUACUUUCUGCAUAAUGUCGUCGCUUGGCUCAAGAUUCGACCAUUUCUUCCCAUCUGGGGUUCACGGUUGUUCAUCAUCUCACUCCUUUGUGUUCAGCCUUUCUGGGUUGCUGAAGCUUGGUCCAACUUUUCGUAUUUCAAUGGUCUCGGUUCUGAUGCGAACGUCCGAAUGCGGCCGUGGGAAGCUCUUGUGCGCGACCCGUGGUGGAUCUUCACGACUUGGAAACUGAUUGAUGCGAUCAAGAAGACAUAUGGUUUCAAGAUUUGGUCACUCAUCCGGAUCAACUCGAGGUUCGGAAUCAUGUUGCUCUGCAUGUUUCUCUCUAUAGCCUUUCUUCUCACAGAUGCUGCGGUUUCUGCCGCUCGUGUCACGACUAGCAGUGGCAUCAACCCAUACUGGCGCUUCGCCCUCGUCUUCAAAUGCGCCUCUGACACGAUCUUUCUCGACGACUUCAAAUCUGUCCUUGACGAUAUUGUCCAUCGUAAAUUUAGCUCUGCAAACGGCACUGUGCAUCGCGGCUCUAGUGUUGGUUUGAGUAGCGGUCACGACGUGCGGAAGCGCUCUUAUUCUACUCGCGGAGAUGAAUUCAUCGAAUGCACUUCCCUCGAACAGCCACCGAAUUUGCCGCAAGUGUCGACACCGGAACCAAGUGCGAUAGCAUCGCGCUUCCAGAAUCCGUUUGCUACGAAGCGGAAUAGGGGUAACAUUCCAAGAAUACAUGUUGAGCAGGAGAUGUCUCUUGCUUCAGAGAGAAGGCAGACAAGUAAUGACAGCGCGCACAGCGAGAGCCUUAUGCUACCAAAGCCUGCGCACACAGUCUAUGGUGACGAAGGUAGCGGAGCAAGUGAGAGUGAUGGAAGUCUGCUGAUUGGCAGGCUAGUAUGAUAAACUCUGUGACUGGAUCUAUACUAUGUCUGUCUGAAAACCAAUGACUGUAUGCGCAGGUGAGACAGAGUAGACAUGGACAAGUGCGAAUGAUAUUUCUAUGUUGCCAUGUUCCGUGCAAAUGCUGCGACAACUACAUCAAAGCG